CUAAAAUUUCAGAUGAAUUAAACAAAAUGGCGCCGAAACCCUCCGUUUCCGGUGUAUCGCCACGUGAGGGAACUCCUGGAACUAAGAUAACGAUACGAGGAGAGAAUCUGGGAAUCUCGCCGCAGGAUUUGAUUGGAGUUUUCAUCAACGGAGCAGACUGUUUACUCAUCUCGGAUUGGAAGAGCCCAAGUAAAAUUGUUGCUCUUGCACCCGCCAGUGAAGGACGAGGAGAUAUUAUUAUAGCAACAAGAUCAGGAGGAGUCGGAACAUCUUCUGUACAAUUCAGGAUAUUCAAGGAGAAUGUUGGCCCACUGAAGGAGUCAGCAGUCUGGAUUGAUGAAAAAUAUAAUCCAAGAAGGAGGAAAGGAGGCGUGGCUGCUGUGGGUGGGGAGGUUGAGGAUCCUCUAGGAUUGGAUGUUGAAGGAGAUACAAAGUUCCCAGAAGAUCAACUCAUGGAGAUGUUUCCCGAAGGUUCUGGAGAUAUAGCAUCUGAAAGGUUUGAUCCGGCAUAUUUCCUGUUGGAGCAUCAUCAAGCAACUACAUUUGAUGAUCUCAAGGCCGGGACGGAGCAUCUCCGGAGAAAGGUUUCAGGACACAAUCAGAACCAGCUCUCAUUCAUCAAGGCGAACACCAACUCUAUCAUGGAUCAAAUGGACACCCUGAGAUCUAUUCGAAAACGUUAUGAACUGGAUCAACGAGACUACGGUCCAAAUCCAACAGUUAAGGUCGAGACAGCAAUCGCCAAAUGCAAGGAGGAGGCAGACAAAAUGUUUUUUGAUGUACUGGGGCGGAAGGACAAGGCUGAUAAGACUAGAAACGCACUAACUGUCCUGAACAGAUUUAAGUUUCUGUUCCAUCUGCCGGCCAGUAUUCGGACCCACCUCAGCAGAGAGGAUUAUGACCGAGUGAUCGAGGAGUACGAGAGAGCUAAGGCUCUGUACGGGAGCAGCGAAGAGUCCCUCUUCCAAACCUACCUGACCGAGGCGGAGCAAGGAGUUCUGCAGAUGAAGGAGGUUCUGUACAGGAAGGUUCGCCAGGAGGUUCUGCCUAUAGAGCAGCAGAAGAAAUUAAUAGGAUCCCUGGUUCAGCUAGAGAAAGAUGGUGAUCCAGCCUGGGAAUCUGUUCAGACCAGAUACAGGCUCACAUUCCAACUCAUGGAAAACUGUAAAAAUUUGCAUCUUGAGAAGGACGGAAACCUACUUCCUCGCUCAACCGGACAGCCGCUGUUCGCUAGUCCGGCGGGGAAGAUCCGUGCCAUGUUUACUCCUCCCGAGGAUCCUGAUCGGGUUCCACAGAAUAUCCUCUUCGUCGAGGAUAUAACGGAGAGGGUUGGAAUUGAGUUUCCGGAGCUGUGGAAACUUGGACAGGCGUACUUUAAACAUGAGCUUCACAUAGAUCCUGAUACAGGGAAACAACCAGUGUUCAGAGAAAUGAUUUUAUCUUCCAUAUCAUUCUUCUGUAAUCUGAUCCGUGCUGCAGCCCUGCCUGUUGUGACUCUACCGAACCGUGAAGAUUACGGAGUAUGGCGGGAGGCGGAUAAAGCAGUCACCUGGUUACCACACUGUCUUCAGCAGGUAAGAGCAGCUUACUCAGUCCUCAUCAGUCAAGAUCUUCCGUCCCAGGUUCUAGAUAUUAUCAAGAAUCUAACUACGGAGUUGAGAUUAUCUAGUCUAACUAAUCUACUAAAUGCUGUGGUUGAGGAGACGUAUAUACUCCAUGAGAAAGAGGAUUGGUCCCAGGACGUAAGUGAUGAAUACGGAGCUGUAACUAAUCUACCCAAACUCUAUCAAGGUUUAGUCCUAGAAUCCAUAGGACUGAUUAAAGAAUCAAUACUCUGUAUAGAUAACCGUGAGGAUGAUAUAUUGGAUCAUAACUCAUCCAGGACGGGCACAGAGCUCCAGCUUCAGAAGGUUAUGUGCGCCUUUGCAUUCACCCUGGAGAACGCCGCUACGGAGAACUACUACAGUAACCAAUCGGAUAUACCCCCGGACUCAAAACGUCUACUUCUCUGUUUAAACAACUGUAAGUUUACUAGAACCAGGGUUCUGCCAAAAAUACUCAAGAGUUUGAAAGACAUUGAUCAACUGACCCUAGAAAAGAUCUCUAAAGAAGCGCGAGGGAUGUACGAAGUUUUAGAUCAGAAACUGUUUGAUGCGUACAUUGAACUAAAGUGCGAACCUAUUAUAGCAAUUAUUGAACCCAACAUGUAUAUGGGAAAGUUCGACUGGGCAAAGUGCGUGAGACCGGCUGGUGCACGUAAUUACGUCAAAGAAGUUCUUCACAAUGCUGUGUGCGUGCACGCUGAGGUGUCUCGGAUGGGUAAAGAGUUUGUUAGGCGCGUAAUGGAUAAACUAGUUGAAGCUGUGUGCGAGGAAUUGAACAGAUUGUUCUGCUGUAUCCAGAGGAUGAACAGCAAUGGAUGUGUUCAGGCCUGGAUAGAUAUUCGUUGUAUUGAACUCAGUCUUAAACCUUUCAUGGGUCAGACCAGUCAAACCUUUCUCCGGGAAGCAGUUCGACCUCUGCUGGAACUAGAGAAGGAGAAGGACAUAACACUUGUUCAGGAUUGUUUAGAGGACUUCAAAACUACGAUGAGAAGACAUAUUCAAUGUUUCCAAAGCAGUGUUUAGAGCAGAUCUGAGAACCAGGAUGUUCUUUAGAUCAGAUCUUAGUUCCAGAAUGUUCCUUAGAUCAGAUCUUAGUACCAAAUUGUUCCUUAGAUCAGAUCUUAGUUCCAGAAUGUUCUUUAGAUCAGAUCUUAGUUCCAGAAUGUUCCUUGAUCAGAUCUUAGUACCAAAUUGUUGUUUAGAUCAGAUACUAGUACCAGAACAUAUUUUAGAUUAGAUAUUAGUAUUUUAACGUUCUUUUAUCAGAUCUUGGUACAGAAUAUUGUUAAUAUCAGACAGAUAUAAACAUUAUCAGAUCAUAGUACGCGUAGGGGGGGGGGCGGCCCACCCCAUCGUACGCCCCUGCUUAGAUUUGAACUUAACUUUCUUCAUAAAUCAUUUAACUACUUAAUUGUGAUAGUUAUUAAAUUUUAUUUUAAUAAUUCAAAGUAUAAUAUAUCUGAAAUUAUAAUUAAUCUUAUAAAGUUUUUUAUAUGUCUAAAUGAUUUUAUUGGAUAUUAUGUAUUUAGUACUUCAAAAAUAAAUUUUAAAAAAUUA